AUGUCGUCCAAAGCCAGAUCUUCAGCCCCCGUGAAGGGAGAGACACGAGUCCGUAAAAGAAAGAAGAAGAUGCCAUCUCCGUCUCCGUCUCCGGUGACAGAAGAACCAUCAUCGAUCAUGUCACUUCCUUAUGACUUGUUGUUCAACUGCUUUGCACGCGUCUCUAGAUUGUACUAUCCAACUCUCUCCCUCGUUUCCAAAACUUUCCGAUCCAUUGUUUAUUCAUCGGAGCUUUACGAGACCCGAUCACGCUUAAGCCGUACGGAGAAGUGUCUCUAUCUUUGCUUACACUUCCCUUCCGACACUAACACUUAUUGGGUCACUCUGUACCGGAAACCUAAUGGAAACGUAGCUGACAAGUCAAGUGGCUAUCUUCUGGUCCAAGUUCCAUCUCCCAAUUGUUUGCUUCCUGCACAGUCGUCGAGUGUCAUAGCCGUUGGUUCUAAUAUCUACAAAAUCGGCGGCGCUAAAUCUUAUAGAUACAAAUUCUGGAAGACGCGCUAUUCUUCUUCUGUCUCAGUCCUGGAUUGUCGGAGUCACAGGUGGCGUCAUGCUCCAGGUAUGCGAGUGGCCCGGAGCUCUUCCUCCACAGUAUGCGAAGUUGAUGGGAAGAUAUAUGUAGCAGGAGGCUGUAAAGACGACAUCUGUUCCUUGUACUGGAUGGAAGUGUUUGAUCCAAAGACUCAAACUUGGGGCACUUUGAAGAACCCAAGCAUCGAGUAUCAAAAUGAUAUUGGAUAUACAAGUGUAGUCAAAAGCUUAGGUCUUGAUGGAAAAUUAUACAUGUUUGGAAGUGAGUUUGUGGUUUACAAUUUUGAGGAAGAUAGAUGGUACGAUAUAGGCCGCAUGGAUAAGUAUAAUCUGUAUCGUGCAAUAGACUCUAGGUCUCCCAUAAACUCUAGUUCUUGCGUGGUAGACAACGUCUUGUUGAUUUGGGAAGGGGUGUUCAAAUGGUAUGACUUUAAGGUAAGUUUAUGGAAGGAACUGAACGGUGUUGAAGGGUUGCCUGAUUUACGCGACCGUGAGUAUGUUAAAAUGGUAGAUCUUGGUGGAAAGAUAGCUGUUUUGUGGGAAGUGUGUCUGACCGAUAAGGAAAUUAAUAGGAUUUGGUGUGCUGAGAUUAGCCUUGAAAGACGCGAUGGAGAUGAGAUUUGGGGGAAGGUUGAGUGGUUUGAUCUUGUUCCUUGCUCUAUGCAGAUGCUAUUUCCGCUGUUGUUUGAUGUAAUGGGCUACUCUCAUGAUAUUAGGCUCGAACGGCUUAUGCGGAUAUUUUCAUUUUGUUUUGAAUAUUUGCUUUUUCUUUUUGUGUGUUUCUUUUCUUUUAGUAUAUGACUAUGAUGAAGGAUUUUUCAUGGUAUUUUAGUGAAAUGCAAUUUUGCAUUUUUUAAAACUUCUAAACAUAUGCGUUUACUUAGACGAGCUAACUUAUUUUUUGACUAAAUGUCCUUUGAUAACACUUUUGUUGUGUUGCAUAAAUUAAAGGGUACGGUUCUUGUGACAUGAUUCUCCAGCAUAACUAAAACAAGACAACAUGGUUAAGUGUUAGUGAGUCACUUAGUCUAUAGUAUAGUCCAUUGGACAUUGUCGUGUAGCGAACCAACAAAGAAAUUGUCACUAAAACAAUUUGAAGAUCCUCUAUUUCAUUACCAAAAUUAUGCAUUUUAACUCGUUUGAAUCAAUCACACCAUAACUAUAAAUACAAGUAAAAAGUUCGAAAAUCCAAUUAAAUUUUUUCACAAAUAAAGAAAGCCCAUCACGGAUCUUCUAUAAUCUAUAGCAGUGGAUAAAAGCCCAAGCUUUGGUUUUGAGCACCCGACCCGACCGACCCGACCCGAUCGACCCGAACCGACCCAACCCGGCGCCCAUUUAAG